GUGUGUCUACAACAUCAAAGGCAGGUGAGGAAACUGGGGUGCAGUACUGCAGGCCAGGGCUUCAGAGACUGCCCUCUCAUCACACGGACUGGAGGGCUAAGGGUAUUUCUCUCCUUCGCCCACAAGCACCUUUUAUGAGGAAGCUGUCAAAUUAGCAAAGAGUCAAACAUGAAAGAGACUGAAGGUGCCUGCAGGAGCCUGGCUGUCUCUACCCCCCCCCCACCCCUCCAUACACACACACAAACCCCAACCCUCACUGGCUCAGAUCACACACAGAAGCUCUCGCAUAUUAACAUCUUCAUCUGCAACAGAUGCUAAUUGUCGGCAAGCGCUGUGGCUGUGGGCACAUUCAAAAGAAGCGGCGGCAGUUAAAAUGGCGUCUAACUGGGAAGAGAAAGGCAGAUCGUGUUGAUCCCAGUUUUCGGUCUGGGUCCUAAUUGAGGAUUUGUUCAAUAUUUAAUUGCACCCCCCCCCACCCACACACACACGUCUGCAGUCAUUAAGGAGCUGCUGUCUCCAGCUCUGCAGCAGGCUGCUGUGUCUCAAGUGCUUUGAUAGGGCCGUUGAUAACAGGCUCCGAGGGGGGGAGGGCAGGGGGGGCUGGCCCUAGGUGGGGAGUAUAUAAGGCCACCUGGCGAGCCCAGAACCACCACAGAGCUCCUGGGAGCCAUCGCAGACCACAGCACAGCCAGAGCACAGCGCAGGACAGACCACGGCCAUGCUUCUCUUCCUGACCACACUGGGGCUGCUGGGAGCAGCCCUGGGCUUCGACCUCAGCCAGCCCACCCGCUGCGUGGCCAUACCCCUGGAGAUGGGCGUCUGCCAGGACGUGGGGUACAGCGAAAUGCGGCUGCCCAAUUUCCUGGGGCACAGCAGCCUGGAGAGGGAGGUGGUGCCCCGGUCCGAGGACUGGAGGCCCCUGUUACAGACCGGCUGUCACCCCCAGGCCCGAGCCUUCCUCUGCGCCCUCAUCGCCCCGGUGUGCCUCGACACGUUUAUCCAGCCCUGCCGCAGCCUGUGUGUGGCCGUGAGGGACAGCUGUGCCCCUGUGCUGGCCUGCCAGGGACACUCCUGGCCCGAGCAGCUGGACUGCGAUCGCUUCCCGGCCCACGAGGACAUGUGUCUCACUCCCGUCUCCAAACACGCCCAGCACUUCUACAAAGCUCUGCCCAGACCCCAGUGUCAGGGGUGCCCCGAAGUUGAGGAGCCCUUCUCUUCUAAGACGGUGCUGGGUGCUCUCUGUCAGCAUGACUUUGCAGUGAAAGUGAAGGUGUCCAGGCGGCGACUGCCCUCGGAGGACCCCGAGUUUGCAGUGGAGGGGCGUGUGGAGUUCAUCAGCCAAGGGCCCCUGCUGCCCUACGACACCCACAGUCUGCUGCAGCAGUGGCUGCUCAUCAACCCGCGCUGCGCCCACACUCUCGCCCGCCCGGGUCGCACACAGCUCCACCUGCUGGCAGGAGACGUGCAGCCGGACGGCACAGUCGCCGUCACCCGCGUCUUCCUGUGGCACAAGAGAGAUAUGCAGCUCACUUCCGCCGUGCGCAAGUGGAAACACCACAAAUGUUAGCACAGAAACUGUGGGAGGUCAGGAGAACACCAAUCUGCACUGAACUGUGUUGGACAACAGCACACCUGGCUCCACUGAACUGGGCUGGACAACAGCCCACCGGACUGGGGUGUGCUGAGCUGGGCUGGACAGCAGCACACCUGGUUCCACUGAACUGGGCUGGACAACAACACACCGGACUGCGGUGUGCUGAGCUGGACUGGACAACAGUACACCUGGCUGCACUGAGCUGGGCUGGACAGCAGCACACCGGGCUGCACUGAGCAGGGCUGGACAGCAGCACACCAGUCUGCACUGAGCAGGGCUGGACAGCAGCACACCAGUCUGCACUGAGCAGGGCUGGACAGCAGCACACUGACCAGGCUUCACUGAGCUGGGCUGGACAGCAGCACACCAGGCUGCUCUGAGCUGGAACCACAACCAAGGCACUCUGGGACUGAGAGGAUAAUGAGACAAGAGUAUCCUGGGGCUGGACUCUGAGCAAGGCCUGGGGCAGGUUGGGACUGUAUAGCAGG